GACCUCUGUGGACGGUGCAGGCGACGUAGCUAUUUCGGUACAUUGCAAUCUAUCUUUGAUAAAUACAACGGUGCGAGAGUGUGAUGGCACGGUGUCUUUUAAAGUUUUACCGUGGUUAUCGCUUCUCUAAAUGAGGUUUUAUCGGUUGGUGUGGACUAUCAAGUUUCUCGACUGAUCUUGGCGGUAUUUAAAGAUGGCCGAAAACCAAAGUCCCUGAACUAGGCCCAUAUUAAACGAAGUGUUAAUUAAGCGAAUGCGGUGCCAUUUACAGAGUAAUACGUUAUUAAUCCAGUGGGUUUGAGAAUCAUAAAGAGAAAUAACUUCCAAUGAUAUCGUUGUCCAUGCCAUAGACGUGUAGAAGACACGGAAACUUGUAAGCUGCCCUCAUGAUGCCCGUCAUGAUGAAACCAGAGCCUAGGGACGAACCACUAGUGCAGCAGCCAGUACCACAACCAGUUAUACAGUCAACAGCCAGUGUUCCAACAGCUACUCCUUUAAGCCAGAUAAAUGUAGCAGCAACACAGCCCCAUACGAGUAGUCAGUCUUCGCCGUUACAAGAAGCUGUUGAAAAAGACUCUGAGGAAGAUAUUGAAAAUCGCAUAGAUGUAGAAAGUAUAAAGGGUGUGUUUGGAUGGGCGACUGUGGAUGGGGUCAAUAUCCCAUAUAUCAUUAGGAAAUAUAAAAAGUUUGUGUCGGUUAGAAUUGUGGAGAAAAAAUUGUUAAGUAGGUACCCUAAUGCAUUUCCAGAUGAACUAGCCAAAAAAGACCCCCUUGUGAGCUUCUUUGUCACAGAAUAUGAAGCUAAAUUACUUAAUGAAAUAAACACAAUCCACUGUAGUUUUGAAUAUGGCAACCAAGCGUUCACAACCAAAGAAUUAAUUGUUGACCUUGUGGAAUUUGAGGAUUUCUAUAAUCUUGUGAAAAAGACCUUUCCUGAUGAAGUACUUGCAAAACUACGAUCUGGUGAUGAGCAGGCACCAGAAAAUAAAUCUGCAGGAUCUACUCCAAGUAGGGAAGUGUUAGAAAAAGUCUGUUCAUGGAUACAGAUUAACAAUACUGUGACUCCAGUCAUCAAACGAAAAGACAUGACUUUUGUGCCCUUGUCAGUUAUAAAAUAUGCUGCUGGACUACUUACAAAUGUUCAGUUGGACGGUAUUCAACCAUCACCUGAUGACUGUGCAUUUCUAAAUGAAACUUGUAAGAUUGCAGGGUUUGACUUUCAGUUUGGCAAAAGUACCAAAUUGAUUGAACUCUCUGAAAUAGCAAGACAUUGCCAACCAACAAUACUUCAGCUCCCUUUCGAAGAUCCUUUGAAGCAUGCUCGUUACUUAGACACACCUUCACCAUCAGCUCAACCCCCAUCUCCAUCAACAACUCACCAUUCUUCACCACCAUCACAAACUAAUGUUCAAAAUCCUACUCUACCAAAUCCGCAAUUUACAUACCAAAGACCUAAUGUUCCUGUAAAUCCUUUUGCAAUGAUGCAAAUGAUGACAAGAUCAUUGGUACCCCAGCAGUUGGCCUACUCUCAACCAGGUGUCAUGCCAAAUGCUAUGGCCAAUCAAGCAAUAAUGCAGCGAAUGUCAUACAAUCCUCGUUUGGCUGGUGGUAAUGUUAAUCCUCAUCCUCAUAGUCCAUAUAAUCAGGCCCAGCAACAAAUUAAUAAUGGAAAGCUUCCAUACCCGCCUCCUCCAUAUAAUCCACAACAGGGUAAUCUUCCGAAUAAUCCAACAAGGAGAGAGUUUCCACAGGAGCAUAUGCACUUACAACAAAACCAAGCACAUAAUCAAAUUUAUCCCAGACAAGGUGUCCCUCCUAACCAAGGAUACCCAUAUCAAGCACACAACCCAAGGGUUCUUCCUCCAAAUUCACCGCCAUAUCAGUCUCCAAAACCUACAGGGAGAGCACCGGUUAUGGGUAGCAGUGCACGAUCCAUUAACCCAGAACAACGGCCCCCAGCAGCUGCUUCAAGUAAGAAUGUUGAUCAGUCUUUUAAGGCAAAUAUUCAGAGUGCAAACAGAUCCAAUAUUCAACCGGAAAACACUAUUGUUACUUCAAAACCAAGUAGCAGCAAUCAUUUAAAGAUAGAAGGUGUAGUAUUGAAUGGCAAAAGCAUAUCAUGUUUGAAUUUAAACUCUACGGGGAGACAAGGAAAGUUUUGCUUAGUGGAAGCCGUAUGCAAACUUUACUUUUCUCAGUGUAACAUAAACGAAUUUUUAUAUGUUUUACAAAAAGUUUUGAAUGUCCCUUUGUACUCUUGUAAAGAUGAAGAGGAGAAGUCAUUUAUUCAAUAUUAUAAUCUUCCAGUUAAUGUGCUAAAAUGUAACAAAAUGGUCAAACUGUCUGACCUAGACAAUUUCUUCCCACACAUGAGUUAUAUUAUAAAUCAGACAUCAUCUGAUAGUGCUUCAUCAAGUUCUUCAAAUCGCGAAAAUGCAGGUCAAACCGCAAAUCCGCAAUCAAUGGGUGGUGUGAACCUUCCACCAGAAGGUGGAACUACUGCUUCCAGAAAGCGAGCAUCAUCUGGACAAGGCGGACCAGAAAGUAAACAGUCUUGUAAACUUGAGCAGAUCAUGCAAAGGCUGGCCCAAACUAGAAAUCAAACGGCAGAUGCUUCAGCCUCAAUACCGGGUCUCACAGACUGAUUCAAAGACCAUAGGGUUUGACAGGUCCUCUUGAAUUCACAUUGUAUAGUCACAUUCUUUCUGUGUUUCCCAGAGGAACUCAAAGAAGCUUUUCUCUUAACCAAAUGUCCAGAGAUGAUCUGGGUGUCAAAAUAUGAUGGUUUACAAAUGUAGAUAAUAAAGAUCAUAUAUAAUGUAGAUGGAAGUUGUAAGGAUACCGUUCUAGUGAUUGUUGAACAUAAAUAAGACUUUAUUUAUUUCCGAAAAAAAAACAACCGAAUAUCCAAACGAACAUGUGAACAUGAUCAUGACACUAUAAUUCUUAUGUGACUUCGAAAUCAAGCAAUGAAUACCAGUGGCAUUUAUUUUCCCUCACUCAUGACAACCAAGAUUUACAUGUAUAGUCUUUUAUAGUCCAGUCUUUUACGUUUUGUUUACCGAGGCCAGUAAAGUUGGUAAUGUUUACCAGCUGUAAAAUCAAAUGUUAGAAUACUCCAGACCGUUUGUUUUGUAUAUCGCCACUGUUUUAUUGUUUAGAAUAAUGUAUUUUGUGUAAUAUAUGCAUUUAUUGGGGAAAUACUAUCUGUAAUAGCCAUAUCUCAUUUUUUUGCGUAUAGAUUUUAAUACAUAUACUUGUACAGUUUAGCCCCAGUAAAGGUAUUUUUCACCUGAUUUUGACGUAAAUUGAAAAUGAUUAUAUUAUUUUUUUUGUAUAAUUUUUGGUUGUAAAUACUUGAAAUGUAUCUUUGUAAUUGCCCGCACUUGUUAGUUAAGUCACCUGUAUAAUAUUGGAUUUUGUUAUUAUAAGUAAUGAAGUAAGUUUCAAUUAAAAUAUAUUGCAAUACUUACGACAUAAAGGUCAUCAGUUUUCUGGAAAAACCUUCCAUUAAAAGUACAUUUGUAUAAGAUAUCUCCCAGAUUCUUUAUGUUUAUAAAGUAUAUUUACCAUCAAAUACGGAUCCAUGUCCGAAUGCAUGCAAUCUAUUAUGAAAAACUGAAUUGAUAGAUAAUAUAUUUGUGAUGUGAAGGGCGGUUGGAAGUGCCGAAUGAUCCAACACGCGUUUUUGACACAAUGGUGUUUUACAUGUUAAAACCAUGACGAAUCCGCACAUUGUUGAUUAUAUUAGCCAUGUGGAAAAAAAAACGCUUCAGUUGAGUUUCUGAACAGGACACUCAAUGUCUCAGUACAUGAAUCCAUGCCCCGAUUUGACAAAGCAUUCUCAGACUUAAUUCACCCAACUUCCAAUCACUGAUUAUGAGAAAUAUUUUGGUCCCAGAAACACAAAAAGUUACUCAUAGUUUUUAUACGCCCACAUUUUCAUGUGGACGUAUUAUGCCGUCGCCCCUGUCCGUCCGUCCACAAUUGUUUGUGGACACUCUACAGGUCACAAUUCUUAUCCGAUUUUGACGAAACUUGAAAUAUAGGUUUAUCUCCAAAAUAUCUCGGCUGCUUUCGAUAUUGGCAUGUAUCGGAUCGAAACUUCAUGGAUUAUGGCCCCUGUUUGUACGAAAAAUCAUGUUUUUAGCUUGUGGACACUAUAGAGGUCACAAUUUUUAUCCGAUUUUGUUGAAACUUGAAAUGUAAGUUGAUAACCCAAAGAUCUUGGUUCCUUUCGAUAUUCGCGCAUAUCGGACCGUAACUUCCUGAAUUAUGGCCCCUGAUUGUACAAAAAAUCACGUUUUUAGCUUGUGGACCCUAUAGAGGUCAUAAUUUUCAUCCGAUUUAAAAACCCAUUUUAUUAUAUCACCAUUACACCCUAAGGACGAGUGAGUUCGAAUUUCAUGAAAAUCGGCCCAAAAUUGACAGACAAAAUGGCCGCCGUUCGUUCUCAAAUAGCGUAAAAAUAGGGUAUAUCAAGGUUGUGGACCCUAUAGAGGUCACAAUUUUUAUCCGAUUUUGUUGAAACUUGAAAUGUAAGUUUAUAACCCAAAGAUCUCGGUUCCUUUCGACAUUCGCGCAUAUCGGACCGUAACUUCCUGAAUUAUGGCCCCUGAUUGUACGAAAAAUCAUGUUUUUAGCUUGUGGACCCAUUAGAGGUCAUAAUUUUUAUCCAAUUUAAAAAAAACCGUAUCAUUAUAUUACCGUUCCACCCUAAGGACUGUUGAGUUUGAAUUUUGUGAAAAUCGCCCCAAAAUUGACAGUCAAAAUGGCCGCCGUUCGUUCUCAAUUAGCGUAAAAAUAUGGUAUAUCAAGGUUGUGGACCCUAUAGAGGUCACAAUUUUUAUCCGAUUUUGUUGAAACUUGAAAUGUAAGUUUAUAAUCCAAAGAUCUCGGUUCCUUUCGAUAUUCGUGCAUAUCGGACCGUAACGUUCUGAAUUAUGGCCCCUGAUUGUACGAAAAAUCGCUUUCUUUUUAGCUUGUUCUCUAUCCAUCUCUUGAAAAUGUGGGCGUAUCCUGCCUGGCAGCCGCUGGUUUUAUUGAUGAUUUGACACGUUAAAACAACAAAGAAACUAUAAAGGGCUCUGUUUUAGUUAAAAUAAGGCGAAGAAUUUUGAGAAAAUUCUUCACUUCAGUCUGAAAAUGUUUUGUGAAACGGGGCCCAUAUUAAUUCCUACACAAUAUAUAUUAGUAAUAUUAAUUUGAUAAAUAAAAUAUAUGAUUAAA